AUGCAGGAAUCGUGGAUCCGUCUCUUUUGUUUCGCUCUUCUUGCUUUGUUCGCCCUACCCGUCGAGUCGUUGCCGAAGAAAAACGGUAAUGCUGGGGCCUCAGAUGGUAGUAAUGGAGUAGCUGUACCUACUACAAUUACUCAGGCGACCGACGGCUCGAUGAUAUUGGACAAGUCAGUCCAGAUCAACGGCCUGAACAUUCGAUACAAGAUCAGUGCCCCAGCAAAUCAAUUUACUGCCGCGUCGGGCGUUCCCGGAGGCACAGCUACGGGGAAUGGCACAAUGGGAGUCAAUGUUCUUCUCCAUGGCGAUGGCGGACAAUCCUUCUUCGACUUUCCCAAUCAAGCGGUCCAGGACAACAAGAUGGGCGUGGUCGUAUUGGCUCCAAACACGAAGAUGUUCUGGGGUGGGGGCAGCGGUCUUCAACGGACGGAUGGUGUCGCGCACGCUGCCGCCGUGAACACUCUGAUUCAAACCCAGAUGGCCCAGGACGUUUCGUUUGAUCCUGGAAAUGUCUACUUCACGGGCGUCUCCGGCGGCUCGCUCCUCAUGUCUGGGUACUUCGUCCCGGCCUACGGUGCCAUGUACAAGACCGGCGUCGUUCUGAACUGUGGGGGGAUGGCUCCCCAAGUUGCCGUUGUAGACAGCGCCAAUCUGAUCUCCAACAUGAAGAUCCACUUCCAGAGCACCAAGGACGAGCUGUCUCUGCUGCAAGGCUCCAUCCCGCAAUCCGUCAUGGCGUACGAAAAGCUGGCUACCGACGCCGGCCUUUCAGCUGACCAGAUCGGGGCCCUACAGACCGUCGACAACACGCCGAAUGGAGGAGGGCACUGCGGUUUCGAUGGACAAGGCUUCGUUUCCGGUAUCCAGUUGGUAAUGAACGGCUACUCCAACAUCAUCGGCACGAACCCGAGCGGAAAUGUUACGGGAAUCAGUCAAAAUGUCCUUACAACCGUGGUCGGUAACGAGAACGUGGUAUUCACCAGCGCCACCUGA